AUGGGCGCAGAACCGGACUCGAAGCGCGAAUCGACGCUGGACGAAUCGGUCCAAGUGGCUGAUGCGUACGACGACGACGAGGAGUCACAGUACGCGUCGAUCAGCAAGGUGGGUCGUCGCAUGGCGUCGCAGGACAGAGGCGGUCUGCGAUGUUUGUGCACGCAAACAAUCGCGGCGAGCGCGCGUUACUCGACCGUGCGACAGCUCUUCACGUCGCCCGCCGACUACGACCCGUCGCGCGAGACGCACUACGUGCUGGUGGUGCACGGCACGUUCGACUCGCCGCCCGGCCCGGGGAGCCCGCCGCCAUGGUACUUCCUGGACGCGAAGCGCGCCGACAACUUCUGCCACCUCAUCGCCAAGGACCUCGCGCGCACGCCGCUCGGCUUCGACGCCGUGUGGCGCCAACUGCCGGACUCGCACGCGGGCAUGCGGUUGCGCGAGGACGUGCCGUACCCCUUCCACUGGUCGGGGCACAACACGCACGAGGCGCGCGUUGAUGGUGAGCGCGCAUGGGAGGGCAUGGGGAGUGAGCGUGUCGGGGAUGCGGGCAAGGCGCUGGCGCAGCUGAUCCACGCGGUGGGGUGCUCGGACCCGUCGGCGCGCGUGCACGUGGUGGCGCACAGCCACGGCGGGAACGUGGCGCUGAAGGCCGUGUCCAUGUACCUCUCCCUGCUCCGCCGCGACUCCCGCGACAGCAGCCGCGCCGCCCACGACCAGAUCACGUCCGCCUUCUGGGAGGCGCACGCGGAGGGGUACCGGAGCAUCAAGGAGCACCAGGAGGUGAAAGUGAGCGCCGUGUGGAUGCUGGCGUUGGCGCCGUUCCUCGUGGUGAAGCGCCCAUGGCGGGGCGACGAGGCGCUGGGCGGCUUCCCCUACGCCUACUUCCAACGCCCACAAUCCCGCAACCCUGUACCCCGUCCCUUCUCCGUGUCUCGCUCUCUUCCCCACAGGGUGCGGCAGGCCAAGUACCUGCGGAAGAAGUGGGCGGGGAGCAGCAGCACCAACUGCCUGGGCCGCAUGGUGUAUCUGGGCACGCCCUUCUACACCAAGCACUGGGACCGCCGCGCUGCGCUCACCAUGGCCGCCACCAUCGUGGGGCUGUCCGUGCUGGUGUUCGUGGUCAUCGUGGGCGCGGUCGUGUCGGUGAAGUAUGCCAUCUUCCACGAGAUCAACACCGCUGACCUCACUGGAGGAGAGCUCACAUUCUGGGUGACGGUGGCGCUGGUAUCGGUGGCGGUGGUGGUGUACAACACGUUGAGCAGCAAGCGCUACAGCGACGGCAACGUGUACUUCACGGAGAAGAAGGCGUGGAGCCCUGCCAUGAGCGCACUCGUGCUCAACGCCGGCAAGCUCGAUGAGGCCGCCCUCGCGCUCUCAACGGAGCCCCUCGUGCGCGCCUACCUCAUGCCGCAGGUCAAGGUGCGCCUACCUCAUGCCGCAGGUCAAGGUGCGCCUACCUCAUGCCGCAGGUCAAGGCGCGCCUACCUCAUGCCGCAGGUCAAGGCGCGCCUACCUCAUGCCGCAGGUCAAGGCGCGCCUACCUCAUGCCGCAGGUCAAGGCGCGCCUACCUCAUGCCGCAGGUCAAGGCGCGCCUACCUCAUGCCGCAGGUCAAGGCGCGCCUACCUCAUGCCGCAGGUCAAGGCGCGCCUACCUCAUGCCGCAGGUCAAGGUGCGCCUACCUCAUGCCGCAGGUCAAGGUGCGCCUACCUCAUGCCGCAGGUCAAGGUGCGCCUACCUCAUGCCGCAGGUCAAGGUGCGCCUACCUCAUGCCGCAGGUCAAGGUGCGCCUACCUCAUGCCGCAGGUCAAGGUGCGCCUACCUCAUGCCGCAGGUCAAGGUGCGCCUACCUCAUGCCGCAGGUCAAGGUGCGCCUACCUCAUGCCGCAGGUCAAGGUGCGCCUACCUCAUGCCGCAGGUCAAGGUGCGCCUACCUCAUGCCGCAGGUCAAGGUGCGCCUACCUCAUGCCGCAGGUCAAGGUGCGCCUACCUCAUGCCGCAGGUCAAGGUGCGCCUACCUCAUGCCGCAGGUCAAGGUGCGCCUACCUCAUGCCGCAGGUCAAGGUGCGCCUACCUCAUGCCGCAGGUCAAGGUGCGCCUACCUCAUGCCGCAGGUCAAGGUGCGCCUACCUCAUGCCGCAGGUCAAGGUGCGCCUACCUCAUGCCGCAGGUCAAGGCGCGCCUACCUCAUGCCGCAGGUCAAGGCGCGCCUACCUCAUGCCGCAGGUCAAGGCGCGCCUACCUCAUGCCGCAGGUCAAGGCGCGCCUACCUCAUGCCGCAGGUCAAGGCGCGCCUACCUCAUGCCGCAGGUCAAGGCGCGCCUACCUCAUGCCGCAGGUCAAGGCGCGCCUACCUCAUGCCGCAGGUCAAGGUGCGCCUACCUCAUGCCGCAGGUCAAGGUGCGCCUACCUCAUGCCGCAGGUCAAGGUGCGCCUACCUCAUGCCGCAGGUCAAGGUGCGCCUACCUCAUGCCGCAGGUCAAGGUGCGCCUACCUCAUGCCGCAGGUCAAGGUGCGCCUACCUCAUGCCGCAGGUCAAGGUGCGCCUACCUCAUGCCGCAGGUCAAGGUGCGCCUACCUCAUGCCGCAGGUCAAGGUGCGCCUACCUCAUGCCGCAGGUCAAGGCGCGCCUACCUCAUGCCGCAGGUCAAGGUGCGCCUACCUCAUGCCGCAGGUCAAGGUGCGCCUACCUCAUGCCGCAGGUCAAGGUGCGCCUACCUCAUGCCGCAGGUCAAGGCGCGCCUACCUCAUGCCGCAGGUCAAGGCGCGCCUACCUCAUGCCGCAGGUCAAGGUGCGCCUACCUCAUGCCGCAGGUCAAGGUGCGCCUACCUCAUGCCGCAGGUCAAGGCGCGCCUACCUCAUGCCGCAGGUCAAGGCGCGCCUACCUCAUGCCGCAGGUCAAGGCGCGCCUACCUCAUGCCGCAGGUCAAGGUGCGCCUACCUCAUGCCGCAGGUCAAGGUGCGCCUACCUCAUGCCGCAGGUCAAGGUGCGCCUACCUCAUGCCGCAGGUCAAGGUGCGCCUACCUCAUGCCGCAGGUCAAGGUGCGCCUACCUCAUGCCGCAGGUCAAGGUGCGCCUACCUCAUGCCGCAGGUCAAGGCGCGCCUACCUCAUGCCGCAGGUCAAGGCGCGCCUACCUCAUGCCGCAGGUCAAGGCGCGCCUACCUCAUGCCGCAGGUCAAGGCGCGCCUACCUCAUGCCGCAGGUCAAGGCGCGCCUACCUCAUGCCGCAGGUCAAGGCGCGCCUACCUCAUGCCGCAGGUCAAGGCGCGCCUACCUCAUGCCGCAGGUCAAGGUGCGCCUACCUCAUGCCGCAGGUCAAGGUGCGCCUACCUCAUGCCGCAGGUCAAGGUGCGCCUACCUCAUGCCGCAGGUCAAGGUGCGCCUACCUCAUGCCGCAGGUCAAGGUGCGCCUACCUCAUGCCGCAGGUCAAGGUGCGCCUACCUCAUGCCGCAGGUCAAGGUGCGCCUACCUCAUGCCGCAGGUCAAGGUGCGCCUACCUCAUGCCGCAGGUCAAGGUGCGCCUACCUCAUGCCGCAGGUCAAGGCGCGCCUACCUCAUGCCGCAGGUCAAGGUGCGCCUACCUCAUGCCGCAGGUCAAGGUGCGCCUACCUCAUGCCGCAGGUCAAGGUGCGCCUACCUCAUGCCGCAGGUCAAGGCUGAAGGAAUACUAUGGAGAGCGUUACGACGGCGAGAGAGUUUCUGCUUGUGAGAAUGGUGUUGCGCGAGGAAUUCGGUAG